CGAAGAAAAAGAAUCAAAGAGAGAGUGAGAGUUUGAGAGGAGAGAGAAAGGAGGAGAGAGAGUUAGGGUUUGAGAGGAGAGAGAAAGGAGGAGAGAGAAGAGAGAGAGAGAGAGAGGGGGAAGCGCAAAUGGCAAGAGGGGAAGUUGGUGUGGUGGCGACACCAUUCACCUUCUUCGUCCAUGGAUUGGGCGUCAUCGCUGCUGUUCUUGUGCUCGUCUGGUGCAUCUAUUUCAGAGGGGGGCUUGCUUUCUCAUCUUCCAAUAAAUCCCUCAUUUUCAAUAUCCAUCCGGUCCUCAUGCUCAUCGGCUUUGUCUUUGUCGCAAGUGAAGCUAUUUUGGCUUAUAGAAUUCUUCCUGGGACAAAAGAGGUGAGGAAAAUUAUUCAUUUGAGCCUCCAUUUCAUCGCACUUGUGCUCGGCAUCGUCGGCAUUUAUGCAGCUUUCAAGUAUCACAACGAGAGUGGGAUUGUGAAUUUAUACAGCUUGCACUCCUGGAUUGGGCUUGGAACCAUCUGCUUAUUUGGCAUCCAGUGGUUGAUUGGGUUGGUCACAUUCUUCUAUCCGGGAGGGUCCCAAACCGUAAAGGCAACAAUACUUCCAUGGCAUGUGAUUUUUGGACUCUUUGUUUACAUUUUAGCCUUGGCCACCGCAGAGUUAGGGUUCUUAGAGAAGCUGACUUUCCUUGAGAACUCUGGCUUAGACAAGUAUGGAUCUGAGGCCCUCUUGGUUAAUUUCACUGCACUUGUUGUCGUCUUUCUUGGGGCCUUUGUUAUUUUAAGUGCAGUUUUACCUACCCAAAGAGAGCCACAAGGCUAUGCUCCCAUAGCUGAAGAUUAAUAGAAAGGGAAUUUAUCUUUUUAUGUAUUGUAAUUAGCUAUACAAACGAUGCUUAAAUUUGUAUUACUAAUAUUAUUAAGGUUGUUGAUGCUUGGUUUUUUUUUUUGG